AUGGAUCUGCACCAAAGUACCACAGUCCAGCUCCUGGAGAAACGGUGGUCCAGUGAGUCACCAUCUGGCUGCAGGAGACAUUAUAAUGCCAGGAAAAAACUGAAGCUAAUUCGAGUCAUUGGCCUUGUCAUGGGCCUGGUAGCUAUGAGCACUGUCCCUUUUUCAAUCAGUGCCUUUACUGAGACAGACACUCAGAGCAACACAGGAGAAGCCAGCGAUGUGAGUGGCCCUAGGGUAGCGCAGGGUCAUCAUCAAAGAACUCUCUUAGAUUACAAGAUUCAAGAUAACACUCCACAGCCACCUGCUUCUCAGGAAGACAAAACUGAGAACAGCACUGAUCAUGCCCAGGGAGACUACCCAAAGGACAUCUUUUCCCUGCAGGAGCGCAGGAAAGGUGCCGUCAUCCUCCAUGUCUGUGGGAUGAUCUACAUGUUCAUCGCCUUAGCCAUAGUCUGUGAUGAGUUCUUUGUUCCUUCCUUGACUGUCAUCACUGAAAAACUGGGCAUCUCUGAUGAUGUGGCUGGAGCCACCUUCAUGGCUGCAGGCGGGUCAGCCCCAGAACUUUUCACGUCUCUUAUAGGGGUCUUCAUUGCUCACAGCAAUGUUGGCAUAGGCACCAUCGUAGGUUCGGCAGUGUUCAAUAUUCUCUUUGUUAUUGGCAUGUGUGCUCUGUUUUCUAGAGAAAUCUUAAACCUGACGUGGUGGCCACUCUUUCGGGAUGUGUCCUUCUACAUCGUUGAUUUGAUCAUGUUGAUCAUAUUUUUCCUGGAUAACGUUAUCAUGUGGUGGGAAAGCUUACUCCUCCUAACAGCUUAUUUUGCCUAUGUGGUUUUCAUGAAGUUCAACGUCCAAGUAGAAAGAUGGGUGAAGCAAAUGAUAAAUCGCAAUAAAGUUGUCAAGGUGACAGCCCCAGAAGCCCAAGCAAAGUCAUCUACAGCUGGGGACAAGGAAGAGCCAGCUUUACCGGCUAAGCCGCGCCUCCAACGAGGUGGAAGUUCUGCCUCCCUCCACAACAGUCUCAUGAGGAAUAGCAUCUUCCAGCUCAUGAUACACACCCUUGACCCACUCGCUGAAGAACUUGGAUCAUAUGGAAAACUAAAAUAUUAUGACACAAUGACUGAAGAAGGGAGAUUCAGAGAAAAAGCUUCAAUUCUCCACAAGAUUGCCAAGAAGAAAUGCCAAGUGGAUGAGAAUGAGAGGCAGAACGGGGCUGCCAAUCAUGUGGAAAAAAUCGAACUCCCCAACAGCACGAGCACAGAGGUCGAAAUGACACCAUCAAGUGAGGCUUCGGAACCUGUGCAGAAUGGAAACCUCUCCCACAGCAUUGAAGCUACAGAUGCCCCGCCAGCCACAGAGACUGCUGAGGAAGAGGAUGACCAACCCCUCAGCCUGUCCUGGCCAUCCAACGCCCGCAAGCAGGUCACAUUCCUGAUCGUUCUUCCCAUCGUGUUCCCUCUCUGGAUCACUUUACCUGAUGUCCGAAAACCUGCUUCCAGGAAGUUCUUCCCUAUCACUUUCUUUGGCUCCAUCACUUGGAUUGCAGUUUUCUCUUACCUGAUGGUGUGGUGGGCACACCAGGUUGGAGAAACAAUCGGCAUUAGUGAAGAGAUCAUGGGUCUGACCAUCUUGGCGGCUGGGACCUCUAUCCCUGAUCUUAUCACCAGUGUCAUAGUGGCCAGAAAAGGGCUGGGGGACAUGGCUGUGUCCAGCUCUGUUGGAAGCAACAUCUUUGACAUCACCGUGGGGCUGCCCUUGCCCUGGCUCCUCUACACCAUCAUCCACAGAUUCAAGCCAGUGACUGUCAGCAGCAAUGGCCUCUUCUGUGCUAUCGUCCUUCUCUUCAUCAUGCUGCUGUUUGUCAUUCUCUCCAUUGCCCUCUGCAAAUGGCGAAUGAACAAAAUACUCGGUUUCAUCAUGUUUGGCCUCUACUUCGUGUUCCUGGUCGUCAGCGUCCUCCUGGAAGACAGAGUUCUCGAGUGCCCUGUCUCCAUCUAG